AUGACUCUAUCUAUCUAUCUAUCUAUCUAUCUAUCUAUCUAUCUAUCUAUCUAUCUAUCUAUCUAUCUAUCUAUUAACAAAAAAACUAAAAAGAAUGAAUGGGCACAUCUAUCUAUCUAUCUAUCUAUCUAUCUAUCUAUCUAUCUAUCGCAGUUUGUUUACAUCUAUCUAUCUAUCUAUCUAUCUAUCUAUCUAUCUAUCUAUCUAUCUAUCUAUCUCAGUUUGUUUACAUCUAUCUAUCUAUCUAUCUCAGUUUGUUUACAUCUAUCUAUCUAUCUAUCUAUCUAUCUAUCUAUCUAUCUAUCUAUCUAUCUAUCUAUCUAUCUAUCUCUCUCUCUCUAUAUAUAUAUAUAUAUCUAUCAGUUUGUUUACAUCUGUUUUCAUGAUUGUUUACAAACAUCUAUCUAUCUAUCUAUCUAUCUAUCUAUCUAUCUAUCUAUCUAUCUAUCUAUCUAUCUAUCUAUCUAUCUAUCUCACCCUCUUGUUUCCACUUUGUCCCUCUUGCCUCCAUUCUCACCCUCUUGCCUCCACUCUAGCCCUCUUGUUCCCAUUCUGUCCUCUUGCCUUCACACCCCUCUUGCCUCCAUUCUGUCCCUCUUGCCUCCCUCUGCCCUCUUGCUUCCUCUAGCCCUCUUCCCUCUUGUUCCCAUUCUGUCACUCUUGCCUUCACACGCCCCCUCUUGCCUCCAUUCUGUCCCUCUUGCCUCCACUCUGCCCCUCUUGCUUCACUCUAGCCCUCUUGUUUCCACUUUGUCCCUCUUGCCUCCAUUCUCACCCUCUUGCUUCCACUCUAGCCCUCUUGUUCCCAUUCUGUCACUCUUGCCUUCACACGCCCCCUCUUGCCUCCAUUCUGUCCCUCUUGCCUCCCUCUGCCCUCUUGCUUCCUCUAGCCCUCUUGUUUCCACUUUGUCCCUCUUGCCUCCAUUCUCACCCUCUUGCUUCCCCUCUAGCCCUCUUGUUCCCAUUCUGUCACUCUUGCCUUCACACGCCCCCUCUUGCCUCCAUUCUGCCCUUCUUGCCUCCACUCUUCUCUUCUUGCUUCCACUCUGUCCUUCAAAUCUAUCUAUCUAUCUAUCUAUCUAUCUAUCUAUCUAUUAUUCCAGGAUUAUUUUCUAA